CCAUUCCAUACAGCGUACCUUUCAUCUUCCUCCUUCAGGGGAAACUUGGAACCGACGGCUGCGGUGCAUUGGUCUUCGGUCUUCACUACUAUUGACUGUCAUUGUCAUUAUUCGAUUGUGAUCCUCCUAUGUUAAUGCCCGCUUUAUCCCGCUCACAUUCUCUCUUCGUGCAAUUCCAGUCUUAUAAAGCAUCCACUUCCCCUUCUGGAAAGGCCUGCUAUGUCUAGUGGCUGAUUAUUGCCACUGCCGCAUCUCCAUACCUCGCUGUCCGGCAAUCCGUGCGUUUGUCGCCGCCCUUUUGAAUCAGUUUAAUACUCCAUUGCCUGACCUCGAUCAUUCCGAACUCUUCAACCCCUUUCUACUACCCAAUCCUCCCCAAGUUUUGAUGGUAUACAGACCGGUUUGUCUAUCGCCGACAAACCUUUUAACAACAUCAUGGCUGUGUUACCGGAUUUCGACCCAUACGAGGCUCUCGGUGUUGCGAAAGAUGCGACUCUGACCGAGAUUAAAUCUUCACAUCGAAAGCUCGUACUGAAAUGCCAUCCCGACAAGAUCAAGGACGAGUCGCAACGCAGCCACGCCCAGGACCAGUUCCAGAAAGUACAACAAGCCUACGAGUGCCUCUCCGACGAAACGAGCAGAGCCAAAUAUGACAACAAGGUUAAAUUGGCAGAACUGAAGCGUGAGAUGAUGUCGCGGGGUGGUUCGUACUCUCGGUCGAAUACUCGCGAGUACCGCGACGGUCGUUAUUACGAAGAGAGAGUCCCAGCCGAUCCUGACGUUGUCUUUGAGGACGAGGCUCGAUUUGCCGAAUCGCCACGGCCGUCAUCGCGUAAACACGAAGAGUACGGGGCUCGCCCGCGGUCGAGAGCUACAGAGGAGAAACGGAGGACAAAGGCACAUGCUUCAAGUACUGCUCGUGCUGCAAAGGAAGCUGCAAAAGAAGCUCGCGAGUCCGCCAAAGCCACCCGAGCGGAUCGGGACAAAUACCGAACCAAGGAACGGAGGCGCCAGGCUCACGACAAAUACGGUUUUGUAGAAUCAGACUACUCCGAUUCUGAUUCAGGUAGGUCUGAAGUACUGUACUACAUACCUGUCAAGCGGCCAUCGGAUCACAAGCGCCAUCGCGAUUCCAAGCCUAGACCGACCGAGUCAAGUCGCCGGUCAAAGACCCACUACGACGAUGACGAUUAUUCCGAUGACUACGGGCAUGACAAGCACGACAUGCAGUAUUCUAGCGCAAGGGAUUACAUCCGACGCUCGAAGGAAACUAUCGCUGAAACCGACCGACGCCACCGUUCUUCUCGUUCACCCCUCCGGUACGAUUCGCCAGAACCAGAACACUCAAGUCGAUCGAGGCGCUCUCCCCGGGAAUCACGACCUCCCACCUCCCACCACAGUUCGUUUGAGCAUCUUGAACCUCGUGUACCUUCAAUGCCCACUGCGGCAACGUUCCCUGGCCCAAUGGGCUCGUCAUCUCCCCGAGCAGCCCAGCCCUCCAAGUCUUCAGCUCGUCCUCAAUCUCGGUCCAAUCGCGAAAGUACUCGUCGGUCAGAGCCAGUUCACAUGUACACAAGACUGAGAGGCGAAAAGUCUGACUCGGGUUACGCAAGCUCAAGUCCAACCCCGGAGACUGUGGAUGCUUCACCCAAGCCUCGCUACAAAAGCAGGCCUGAGCCGGUUAUUGUAGAGCCCAGUACUGGCACACCGCCACCCCUGAGACACUCAAGAACGUACUCGCCCCCUCGUCCGGAGCGACAAAAGCCUGUGCGGAGCACCACCUAUGCUUAUCCUCCAGAGGCAUCCACAUCCACUCGUCGGCCUCUCUAUCGGGAAGUCGAGAAGGACCCACGGCAGAUGGAGAAAGAAUUUAGGCACGCGCGGGAAGUUCAGCCGGAUAUCCAUUAUAUUCGCCCCCAGGCUGCACAUUCUCAGUCGUACCACGAUAAAUAUGCUCCGCCAGUGGGCAGACGCCAAUCCGCAUACUAGCUUUUGUUUUAAUCGAUUUUAUCAUCUACGGUCUGCUUUUGAUCCUCCACAUUCUUUCAUUUCAUGAUUCUACGAUAUCGCAUCAUUUGGGUUGCAUCACUCCUCAGGUUGGAGAAACGGUUCAUAUUCUCUCUCUCUCUCUGUGUGUGUGUGUGUGUGUGUUUCAUCCUUCUUGUUUUUUUUGAUGCGUUCAUGGGGUUGGCAGGGGCGACUGGCCAUCGGUGCCUUGGGGAUCAAUCAGGACCCGGACGGAGU